AUGAUUGUAAAAUUUCACAAGAAAACAGAGAGAAUCAAAGGAUUGUCAUUUCAUCCGAAGCAACCCUGGUUACUUGUUGGAUUACAUUCUGGAGCAAUUCAAAUGAUAGAUUAUAGAUUGGGAAGGGUAAGACUAUAUUGAAUAUAAAAAAUAGACAAUUGAAGAAUUUGUGUAACAUGAAGGCCCUGUGAGAUCAGUGUAAUUUCACCAAUCUUUGUGUCUGUUUAUAUCAGGCUCAGAUGAUUUUACUGUAAGAGUUUGGAAUUACAAAACUAAAAAAUGUUAAUUCGUGUUGCGAGGCCAUCUGGACUUUAUAAGAUGUGUACAUUUUCAUCCAGAAUUGCCUUGGUGUGUCUCAGCUUCAGAUGAUUAGACUUCUAGAAUUUGGAAUUAUUAAUCAAGACAAAUGUUAGCCAUUGUAACCGGGCAUAGUCAUUAUGUUAUGCAUUGUGAAUUUCAUCCAACGAAAGACUUUCUAAUUACUUGUUCUUUAGAUUAGACUAUCCGAUUAUGGUCUAUUGCUUAAUUAAAGAAAAGAUUUACUCAAAAGAAUGUAAAAUAUUCAAUUAGGUUUUAAAGGUGCAAAAUGAUUAACAGAAUGAAUUAGAAUUAAUAUAAAUUUUAGAAGGACACAAUCAAGGUGUGAAUUGGUGUACAUUCAGUCCGACUGAAAAUUUAAUAUUGUCAGCAUCAGAUGAUAAGAAAGUCAAAGUUUGGAAAUUUAGUGAUUCAAAAGGCUUUGAGAUUGAUUCCUAUUAGGGUCAUAAUGUAAUUUAAUAUAUACUAUCAAUAGAAUAAUGUGAGCAGUGCUAUGUUUCAUCCAUUUGGAGAAUACUUUAUAUCUAAUUCUGAGGACAACACCAUAAGAUUUUGGGAUAUGAAGAAGAAAGUUGAAAUUGACUGUUUUACAAACUAUGAAUUGGAUAGAUAUUGGGUUAGUGCUGUUCAUUAACAUAACAAUUAUUUUGCUGGAGGAAGUGAUUCUGCUUUAUACAUAUUUACAUUAUUUAGGAAUAGACCUGCUUUUGAUUUGAUAGAUAAUAGGAAUUUGUUUGUUGGGAGCAAGAAACAAAUCAAAAUAAUAGAUUUAUAGAAUAAUUAAGAGAAAGUCAUUAAGAGCUUUCAAGAAGUUAACACCUUAAUAUCAGAUAAUCUACUAUAAGAUAAUAUUGAGUUCAUCUAAUAAAAUAUUUAUGAGACAAGUAAAAACUUACUCUUAAUCAGGUUGAAAUAGAGUUCUCAUAAUAAAUAGAAAGGAAUAUGUAAAUAUGUGAUUUUUGAAUGCCAAACAAAUCUCAGUCAAAUCUUUUUGGGUAAGACUGCUAUUUUCAUUGGAAAAUAUAAGAUUUUAAAGUCUAAAGAAAAUUCGGAGAUAGAAAUUUAUAAUUUUGAAGUUGAUUCACAUAGAGCUCUAGGCCAUAAAGCUGAUAAACUAUUUUCUUUUUAAGGAGGCAAAGCCAUCUUUUAUUCUGAUGAGAUGAUCAAUGUAUUAGAUCCAGAGGCUAAUAAAUUACUAUAUCAAAUCCCUUGUUCUAAUGAAUUCAAUAAUAUGAAAAAAGUGUUGACUAACGAUACAUAUGUUAUGAUUUAAACGAAGAAAGCUAUUUAUCUGUUUACAAAAUCUUUUUAAAGAGUCACUUAGAUAUCAGAGUCAAUAAACAUUAAAUCAGUAUUGUUCUUAAGUAAAACCUAAAACAUUAUCAUAUAUUCAACAAAAGUUCACAUUAAAUAUUUGUUAAUAAAUGGUGAUUCUGGUAUUUUUGGAACCAUGGAAACAGUCCCAUAUCUUAUUUAGUUACAAUAACCAAUAGAUAGAUAAAGUGAAAAAUAUAAAUUGUGUUACAUGAAUAAUGUUGGCACCCUUCUAAAUGUGACACUUGAUUGUUCUGAAAUGUUGUUUAAGUAAUCUUUGAUUGAUAAAAACAUUAAAUAUAUCUAGAGCUUCUUAAAGACACAUAAGAAAUUAGGUGCUUUGAUUACAUCAUAUCUAUAUUAAAAAGGAUUUCCAAUGAUUGCCUACUAAUUAGUUGAGGACAAAGGAGCUAAAUUUUAGUUAGCAUUGUCUUCCAAUAAUUUAGAACUAUCCUACAGAACUUGCGAUGACUUAAAGAAUCCAAUGUGUUAUCAAAAACUAUCUGAAGAAGCCAUGAGAUAGGGUAAUCAUAAUAUAGUUGAAGUUUGUUAAUAGAAAUUGAGAUCCUCUCAAUAAUUGUCUUUUCUCUAUACAAUUACUGGUCAAACUGAUAAGUUGAAUGUAUUGAGUAAUAUAGCCAAAGAAUAAAAUGAACAAAAUACCCGAUUCUAAACAUUAUUACAUCUCGGAAAUUAUAAUCAAAGAGUUCAAUUUUUAUAGGAUUGUAAAUUGAAUCAUAUUGCCAAUCUCAGCAAAUUAGUACAUGGAUUAGAAUAUGAUAAAAAGUUGAUCAUACCUGAAGAUUUAGAAUGGGUGUAAUCUUUAUAACCAGAAUUACUCUAACCUCCUGUUUAGAUUAUUAAAUCUAAAUAGCAUCAUCUAUUUUCUAUGAAUUGGCCUCAUAAUUCUGUAGAUUAAGAUGAUUAAUAUAAUAUAUUAAUAUAAGAGGAUCAAGAAAACAAAGAAAAAACUCAGAAAUCAUAAGAAAAACCAUCAUAGGAUUAAGAAAAGCAGAAAGUCAAUAAUUCUUAGAUAAAAAAAGAAGUUCAAAACUAAGAGAAUUAAGAUAACGAAGAACCAUUUGAAGAUUGUCAAUGGGAAAUAAAUGAAUCAGAACUUUUGGAAAUGUAAUUAAACUAAGCAACUUUAGAUUAUAAGAGCUUGCUUUAUGGAUAUCCUGAUUAUAAAAAAGGUAUGAUAUACUUAUAACAACAUAGUUUUGUCACCUGUUGAAUAGAUAGUUACCGAGUAAUUCUAAUAAUGCUAAUAAUCAUUAAAAUCUACAAAAAAUGUCACUAAUAUUAAUCUGUGCAAAGAUUAUAUGAAAUAAUUAUGUCUUAGCUCAGUUAUAGAAAUAAGUUAAAUACCUUUCCUUUAGGCUGCUCCUCAAAUGAUAUCAGCUGUAUCAGAUAAAUAGCAUUUCAGUAGAAUUUCCUAAGAUCUUCUAAAGUAAGGAUACAAACAAACUACUGAUGGCAAAUUUCAAGAUGCUUUGACCACAUUUAAAACUUUAUUGAGAAAAGCAUUAUUUAAUGAUAAAAACACAGAUAUCAUUCCAAUCUGCUUAAAUUAUAUUAUAGCUAUGAAUUGUGAAAUUUAAAAGAAGGACUAAAGUGUUUCUAGACAAAUUGAAUUAGCUUGCUAUAUGGCUAUGUGUGAUUUAUAACCAAUACACCGUUCACUUACUUUAAGGGCAGCCAUGAGUUUGGCAUACAAACAAAAGAAUUAUUUGACUGGGGCAUAAGUAGCUAAAUAUUUAUUGAAACUAUUAGAAAAGGCUCCAUAAGGAUCAGCCUAUGCUAAGUUUGAAGUUAUUGAAAACGUAAAGAAGGUAUUUAAUAAUAUAUUAAAUGGUAGAUCUUAAGAAAUUGUGAGUAAUCAUCACGAGAUGAGUAUGAAAUUAAUUUUGAAGAAGAAUAUCUAAAUUAAGGGUCUAAGAUUUUGUUUGCUGAUAGUUUGACCAUCAUUAAACAAUAAAGCCUUCACUAAUGUCUUUUUGAUAAAGCAAAUUAUUCUUAAAAAGGAAAACUUUGUUAAAUUUGUGAUUUGUGUUAAAUUAAUUGA